AUGGGGAGUGGAGCUGCCAAAGGUAAAGCAUCUCCUCGAGAGGCAAGCGGAGAUGUGGGUUUGGCAGCACCAACGAUCCAGGCUGCCAUCGCUGGCAAUCAAGAAGCUCAGGACGCUCUCUUGCAGAAAUGGCCCAAGGCGGCACAGAAACAUGGAGCGAGGGAAGCCACCUGCGCAGCGGUGAAGCAUGGGCAGGCUGAGGCGUUGAAGGCGCCAAGUUUGGGGGCGGAGGUGAAUCCGUUGAUCCAUGCGGUGGAAUUGAGAGAGUGGGAUUGCAUCGAAAUGCUGGUGCCCCGUGCUUUGAAGUACAACUUCUCCACAGGACUUUUGCAGGAAGGAAUGAUGGACUUCGUGGUAGCUGGGAAUAUCGACAUGAUGCAGAAACUACUGGUGACCCACCAAAUCCCAGGGAAUGGCAAGCUGCUUUGUGCCGCAUUGCUGCUGGGGCCGGAGGAGAAGGCGCAUGCCAUGGCCAGCGAGAUCGUAGAGCACAUCAAGGAUCUCAGCCAGCCGAGCUCUGUGGAACCCAGCGAAGAGAAGUAUCCACGGGGAUGGGAAGAGUUUGCCCCAAUCCACGCCGCCUGUCGGGCCCGAAAGGCCGCGCUGCUCCCCAACUUGUUGGAGUUCUUGCUGGGCCGCGGCGUGACGUUGAGCCUGAAGACCAGCUUCGCGAAGCGUUUGCCGUUGCACUACGCGGCAGAGAACAAACACAUGCCGCUCAAGGUGGUGGAACAACUUGCAAAGGCCUACCCAGACGCCAUGUUCGCACACGUGAACGACAGACCUGGGCGAAAGCUCCCAUGCCAAUGUGCCAGCCAUAACGAUGAGAUGAAAGAACGCCUGGAAGAGCUCAUGUAUCAGCAUGUGUGCAGCAGCUUUGACGCUUUGGGCAAGGAUUCAGAAGGCGAGUACAUUCGCUUGAUCCGUUUAGCAUUGCUCUUCGAGAAGGUUUGCUCCCUGCCGGACACCAAGCUCAGCCGCGGGAGCCUCUCCUUCGUGGUGGAGAGCCUUCUGCCCAAGAAGCUGGAGGUAGAGACGGCAGCGAGCUCGGCCGACGUGGACUUCAGCGCCGAGGCCGUGCGCUUCGCAGAGGCGAACCCGAGGGUGGACCUGGGCAGAGACUCUGCGGCCAAGGUGAAGGUCAAGAGCAUCGCAGAUAUCGGGCAGGUCUUGAAGAGUGAUUUCUGGGAGUUGCUGAAGUUAGUGGAGCAUUGUGGUGAAAUGGUGUCGGACCUUUCACAGUUCCGGCAGAUGCUUUGCUACGAGCUGGAGUCGCGGUUGAAAUGGGUGAGUCAACAAGCGCAAGCUGGGAAAAGUGAAACCUUAAGCGACCAGGUCCGCUAUGGCAUGUUCGUGUUUGCAGGGCUGAUUGCAGAGGUUCUCACGGCGCCCGCAGACGAAGAGGGUGAAGCGGGUGAAGAGAAAGGUGCUGACUCCGUCCUUUCGUCUGUGGCCAGUAGCUUUGCCUCCAGUGAGCUAUUGGAAGUCGUUGUUGCAGCCUACUGUAAGGAGCUUCAAAUUCCCAGUGCUUGGAACUUAUUGGGGAUUCUGCAGGAAGGACUGAUGGGCCAGGGAAUCAAAGCCAUUGUCUUUUCCGGCGGCGAUUUGGUGAUCAAGCAGACAAUGCUUCCAGGCAGCCCUCGCUUCGAUUGGGUGCAAGGCUUAUUCGAGAACACCUUCCUAAAGCGCUACACGCGAGAUCGAAGAGGAGGAAAAGUUCCAGAGGCCUUGGAGGUGAAGGAGCUUGAACAGGUGCUAAACUGCGGCUCCUGGGGGGAGUACGCAAACACCCGCCGCCGUGUUCAUGGUGAACUCCAAGAGCGGGGCCCCGCCUGGACGGGCACACUGCGCACCGACGAGUGCACCAAGGGCGAAGCCGCAGAGCCGCUCACCGCAGUGAACAACGGGGAGAAGCCGCGGGCAGUUUCGAAGAGCGAUGAAUACACUACUCCUCACGGUUCCAAUGAUCUUCGCACGAUCCUGUUGUGUCUCUCAUGUUUGGGGCGAAUCAACUACAAUGACGAGCGCCGGCCGGAUGGCGACGAGCUGGCGGCUUCUUGUCAAGGUGGUGGGUAUCAUAGCAUUUUAGGAGAUCGGGAGAAGAUCCGCGGGACCUACCGCGAGAUCAUCGUUUUUGAUGAGAACUUGAUCUAUCCAGGAUACAUUUGUCGCUACAGGCGCAUUGACUAA